GCGGAUACUGUUUGUAUAACAAAUAAUUUGCUUGUAUAUUUUUUUUUCAAUAAUAAACAUCGCUCGGGUACUAUAAAUAACUUUCUUCGUCACUUAGAAAUCAUAAGAUUCUUGUGGUGAUCCGGUAGUAGUUAGGAACAAAAUGCGGUAUAUUUUUCUAACAACUAUUUUUAGUGUUGUUUUUGCAUAUGAAAAAGAUAUGACUUUUACUGUUCAAGCGGGGAAGAUGCAGUGUUUUUAUCAAAAAGUGUCUGUAGAUGAAGCAAUCGAUGUCGAAUAUCAGGUCAUAGAUGCUACACAGGGUGAGCUGGACAUCUCGUUCCAAUUGGCAGAUCCAGUCGGUAGAGUGAUUGUAGCUGAUUAUAAGAAACCAGAAAAUGGACACCGUCACAAAUCGUUGCGAGAAGGAGACUAUAGAUUCUGUUUCGACAACAAUUUUAGUAUGUUUAGUGAAAAAACUGUGUUCUUCGACCUCGUGAUCCAAAACGAAGACUCAAAUGAAAACGAUUAUGGUGAUGACAAAGAAAUGGAGCUGGGGAACUCAGCAGAAACCUACCUGAUGCGUGUCAGAGAUAUAUCAGAGUCGCUGAACAAGUUGAGAGACAACAUCUCCACGGCGAGGAGGCUGCAAGAGCUUCUCUCGGCACACGAGGCGAGGGACAGGAACCUCGCUGAAGAUAUGUGUUCCCGGGUCUUGUCGUGGUCUCUGGGGCAGAUUAUGCUGAUGAUGGCGGUUGGUGUAACACAGGUGUAUUUCUUGAAGAGUUUAUUCGUAGACAGUAGAGGAUUCAAGAAUUUGGUUCCCGGCUUCACGUCACAAUAAUAUAAAGAUGAAAUCAUAGAUUAAUAAUAUAAAAGUUAACAGCCAUUAAAUGCCCCACUGCUGGGCUUAAGACUAUUGAGUUGAGGCUAUAGAGCUUAUUCCACUGCCGUUGCCAUAAUGCAUCCGCUGCACAUCCGGAUAUUUUCAAUAUUAUAAACAUAAAUCACAUGAAAACUCAUUGGUGGUUGCCUGCCUCACUCAAACAGUGAAAUUUUGCCAAAUGAAUUUAACCUAUUGGAACAAGUUCCCUUCUCGUUAAGAGGAGAAGUGGCCUUGAAUCAUUUGUUGCCUAAUUACAUCACAAUACCAGCCAGCUCCUGUGCAUGUAGAGAUUAUACGCAUUAAAGUAAUAACUGAACAGCCCUUCCGAACUUGAAAUUUUGAACUUUGUACAACAGCAUCGGACACAUAAAAGAAUACAGUUUGUGAACAGUGCUCAUAUAAGUGUGAAGUGAAUUCGUGUAAAUAAUCUAAAUGUGUGAUAAGAUGUGCCGUCCUAAAGGUGCGAGCAAUAUUCAACGCAGGACCAUACCUGCGUUUUGUACAAGACACAGUUGUUGACAAAAGAUUGAUGCUACAACAUUCUCCACCCUCCCCUCCACCAACACAUGGUUAUGACGUGAAUGGUA